AUGAUUUAGUUAAUUCUGUUAAUGUAAUUAUUCAAAAAAUUUUUUGGUUUAUUGUACUAAUUAUUAAUUGGAUUAAAAGAAUAUAAAAGAAUAAUUUUUAAGAAAUAAGUAGAUACCUAUUACUGUUUCAUUAAGAAGAAUUUGCUCCUAUUUUUUCCUAUGAAUCUAAAGGUUCAUAAAACUCUUGAAUUAUUAGAGAAUUUAUAAGAGUAAUUAGUGUGUAAGAUAAGAAAUAUUAUACUACAAAAAACUAGAUUCCAAAGUAGUGUAAAUAAUUUUUGCUAAUAUUUUAUUUAUUCAUUGAAGCAAAAAGAUAAUUUUUUUAUGAUAAUUUUCACCAUGUUAAAUUGCCUUAUUAUUAUAUGAUAAGAAUAGGUAAAAAUUGAGAAUAUUUCUAAUACAUAAAUAAAAUAUCAAUACUUAAGUUUACAAUUAUAGUUUUAAUAGAAAGAGCUCACAUUAUUUUACUAUCGAAAGAUAGAUAUAUUUUUAAUAAAGAUUGUUCUCAACUAAAAUAUCCAUAGGGUUAGAUGAUUGAAAAUUUAAGGAUAGCAUACUUGGUAAUCCAAAGAUUCUUUCUAAUUUCAAAUAAAAUCAAUAUUAUAUAUGGUGUUGGUAAUGGGCAAGUUUUUGGUUUUCAGUGUGUUUAUUUCUGAUUUUCUUAAAUC